AUGUCGGACCGACCACUCUUGUCCUUCGAAACGCCUCCCCAGACACCACUGUCCUCCUAUGAUCCCUUCCAUGCACCCACGAGCCAUCCUGAUCCAUACAAGUUGGCCCCUCUUGCCCCUUCUUAUUCCGAACCUCCUCCACCACUACCACCUCGACCUCCUCGCUCACCUCGCCGAUCCAUCCUUUCUCAUAUUCGAGCAGCCAGUCGUCGCUUCUCGGAAAUGUCCGGAGCUUCCCAUACUGCAAAAGAGGCUUCGAUAGCUUUGUCUGCCCAGGAUGAUGUCCGCUCACUGGUGGCCCCUGCCGUCCACAUUGACACUGUCCAGCCAGGGCCAUUCCCAGCUGAGUCGGGUCUCUUUCGGCAAGAUUCCCUUUCACCAUCUGUGGAAGCGUUGGAUCUGGCCUUCCCGAACAAGAGCAUCCUACUUCAUCAGAAUCUUAGUUUGAUACCGAGGCUCGACAGGUUCCGAAGAGGACGUUCACUCCAACAGCGGCCUUUUUUGACGGCGAUCCCCCCUCCUCCAGUAGUCGAAGUAGCAGAAGAGCCCUUCAAUUCCAAACUCGAAAGCAGUCGCUCAAAUGGAUCAGACGAGGAGAAGCAAGAGACCAUACAACCAUCUGAGACUCGUGAAGAUGCACUUCAUCCGUUCGCCAUGGUGCAUAUGAUGAUGAACAAAGUUGGAGAUGAGAGUCUGGGCAAGAAUGGAAAGGGCAAGGGAAGAUUGGAACCGGUGUCGAUGAGCUCUGAGAGAAAGCCUAAUCCUCGGAGGGGAAUGGUCGGUGCAAAGAGCUUCAUAGCCCGAUUCGCCUCAAACACCUCAUUGGUAUCGCCGAAAGGGAGCGCUCGAUGUACGCCUCUCGUGUCAAAACCCUCGUCCUCUCUUCUCCGCCCUGCGCCAGGUACUCCCGCGAUAGAUUCAAGAUCUCCCGUCAGAUACGCUAAUGCAUCGUCUGUUGUGCGACAAGAUCCAGAAGGCAAGUCAGGGCCUUUUGUCCUCAGGUUGAUGUCUCCAGAUGCUCAAGCUGUAGAGAUCCCUCGUUUCAAGCGACGAGAUCUCAAUUUGGCUUUUGUCAAAUGCGGUCCAAGGCAAAGGCUUAUCUGGCUUGUGAUGCUCUUUGCCUGGACAGCCAAUUCCUUGGCUGGAAUGUUCUUCGAUGUCAACAUCAUGUAUAUGCUCGUCCAAUGCGUGAUCCACUCGGGUGAAGAUGGAGACUCAAGUAGACGUUGGGCAUUUGCAGCAUCAGCAUAUGCUGUAUGUUGGGGUUUUUCGACCGUCGGCGUAUGGCUCGUGUGGGAAGUGUAUUACGAGUUCAGCAGGAGGUGGCGACAAUCGCGACCCGCAAUGGAGCCAAUCUACUUCUCUCUGCCCGCUAGCGUUCACCUCUCACUCUACUCUUUCCACCAUUUCGCCUUUCUAUUGCACAUUCGACUUUCGCCGCUGGGCACAGCUCACGCCGCCGACAUUUUCCCCGAAAGUUGUCAUAGCCUUCUUCAACUAGCUCCAGGUCUCAUGCCAUUGUUGCCCCGAUCGGGCAUUGGCAUUGUCUUGCUACUCACAUUCUGGCACAGCGAUGAGCCCAACCCACCUUCGAAAGAUCCACAUUUCUUCGGCCGGGACGAUGGGCAACUGACACGUUACGCUAUAGGUGUGAUAUUGGCUUUUGAAGGAUACGUCGCUCUCCGAUUGGCUGUAAUCCUCAUCUCAGCUCUUGGCCUCCUGGUGUCCUCGUCGCGAACGUUUGCCGGAUCCCGUCACAAGCCCAGUUCCAGAAAUCCCGUUCGAUUGAGAGAUCCUGCGACAGCGCUGGCGCCGCAAAGAUCGUGGCUGACUCGCGAAGAUCGGCUUCAGUGGGUUUGGCGGGACAGGAGCCGGAGGAGACUUCAGGACGCAUUCGAGCUGUGUCUCACCAAGCCCACGGCGCAUCGGUUGCCGAAUCCUGUGUCGAGUUCACUUCCAGUCAUCCCUGGACUCGCUGAGCAGGUGAAUACCAGCGCACCUUCUACACCUUUCUACACGCCGGGAUUGAUCAGUACGCCGUCGGAUGAACAGGUCCAAUCUCCUUUCCACCUGUCUACAAACACGGGUCGGCCGAAGAGACUAGUUGCAGAACUCGACUCGGACACGGAAGACUCCACGGCAUUGCUCUCCUCGCGAGCUGCCUCGAGAAUAGAUGACUUCGGGAUUGCAAAGGCCGCAUCCAGCGACGAUCAUGCGCCGUCCUCAUAUCGCUCCGCCGUGAGCAGGCGCCGAGCUGCCACUAUCUCCUCAAGCUCGAUGGGAUCUUUGAGCCGUGCGAGGUCCACAUCGCUGUCAAAGCUGAAGGAGACGGUCAAUGCCACGUCCAGAAGGGUCAGAAGUGGGACCCUGCUGAGUGCCGACAGUCAAUACUCAAGAUUCGAUUGA